UAAAAAAGGGUUGAGCGCAAAAGGAUCGUUUAUUUCACCUGCCGUUGACCCUGAACUUGGUGUACCACUAUGUUGAAGAUAAUAUCUAUCGUUUUAGUACUACUUAUAUUCGGUUUAUGUCAAUCUUCCAACCAUCAAGAGAAUUUUAAAAUAUUCAAGAAAAUACUGUGUGAAGAGGGAAAUGAAGAAUGGUGUCACCUGUUAAUGACAUGUAUCAACUAUUAUGAUACACCUGAAAUGACAGACAUUACAAAGUCCUGCUAUAACGACUACGACAAAGGAGUCAACAACACUGAUCGCUACAUUAAAUACACAUGCGAGCACGAGUCUUCAGAAAAUUUAGAGCUUGUUCGUUGCUUUAAUGAGAAGCUUUCCAAUUCUGAAAACGGUGAGGACUGGAAAAAACGAAUUCAGGACAGUGCGGAAUGCCAUGAUUCCGUGGUAGAGAAAUAUAAUAACAAAACACAAGAACUGAAGAAGGAAGAUUAAUAUAUUCAAAUGAAAUAAUAGAAUUAUUUUUGUUGCAGCAAAUCGUGCAUCUAUUUAUCACCAUUAUUUCACAUGAUUGUUAUUUUAAUAUUUAAAUUUGAUAUAAUGUUUGUCAUUGAUUUAAUGUGUUUUAAGCAUUGCUAAACACACAAUGGUUGAAAAGAAUCGAUCGCUGUAACUGUUGAUACUGUAAUAAAGUAAUUCUAGAAUAAAGUAUUUUUUUCAGUUUUGAAA